UUUUAAAAAACUUACUUGUCAAAGUCAGCAGGAAGAAAAUGACGGAAGUUACUGAAAAAAAUAGUAGAAAAAUAAAGUGAAAAAUUAAAUAAAACACACAAUCAAUGUAAAUGUUUAAAUCACAUCAUACAUAUUUCGAAAUGGAUCUACCAUAUGAGGUAUUGGUGUACCUGUUCAAGUAUUUACCUCCAUCGGAUAGACAAGCUGCCAGUGAGACAUGCCGCGCCUGGUAUGCAGCGGCCAGUGACCAAUGCUUUGUGGACAACAAGGCAGUGGUGUUCUAUAAAGCAGAAUUAUAUGAUGGACAAGAACCCCUAGACAUACUUGUCAAAUCACCUGUAGAUUUCUCCAAUUUUGUGUUCAGUGAUGUGGAAGUAUCAAACAAAACUAAAUGCUUUUGGGAUACCUUAGGGGAAAAUAUAAAGGGUAUCACCUUGAGAAGCUGUGACACAUGUGAAAAGAUGUUUGUCUAUAUUAUAGAAAAAUGUCCUAACCUGGAAGUUUUACGUAUUGAGAGUUGUAGAGAGCUUUUCAUGUCCGGGCGUCUUUUGGAAGGGAAGUCAGAUGGCAUUACAGCUAACAGUCUUGAAAAUCUAAAAGUUCUAAGUCUAACAGAAAAUCAAUACCUCACAGAUGCUCUUGUGAGCAGAUUCACAGAUGCAGCACCAAAACUGGAAGAGCUGGAUUUGUCAGGUUGUUCACUUCAAUUUCACUUGGGAUUAGUGAAAAGGUUCUAUCCAACUACCAUUGAAAACAAGCCUCUUACUCCAUCAGAGAGUGUACUUACAUUUUAUUUUGUUCUUCAAGUCAUAAUAUCGAGAGCUCCACAAAUGAAGCGCCUCAAGUUUUCCAGCACGCUGAUAGAUGGUUCAGCUCUCAAGUUAUUGGCUGAUGUAGAGGAUCUGAGGCUUGAAUCAUUAGAAAUGUUUGGUUGUGACCAACUGACAAAUUCUGGCAUAGUGAAGCUCAUUUCAUAUCAAACAUCACUAAAGGUAUUGAAUAUUGGUAUGUGCAGUAGAGUGACUGACCAAUCUGUGGUAAAUAUUUGUAGAAACUUAGUAAAUCUAGAAAGUUUGAACAUACAGAGAUGCCGCGCAGUUACUGACUUGGGGAUUCUUGAAUUGAAUAAACUCAAGAAGUUGAAAACUCUAAACAUAUCACAGUGCGAGCUAAUUACCAAAGAAGGAUUAGAAAAUGGACUACUUUCAAUGAAAAAUGAAAUCUUGGAAGAAUUUGAUAUUCAUUCAUUGAAUUUAGAUGAAUCAGGUCUCAUCAUGAUAUCAGAAAAACUACCAAACUUGCGCUCAUUAGACAUAAGCUACUGUUUUAAUGCAGUUACUGAUAAAUCAAUACAAUUGAUUUUCAAGAAUCAAGUUUGGCUACUUUGUUUAAAAAUGAGUCACUGUGAUAAGGUGACCGACGCGGGGCUGACAGGGAUGGGCAAGGCGCACGACGACGAGGAGGCGGUGGUCUCCAACUACGACCAGUGCUACACUCACCACAAAAUACAUCUCGGCUCUCGAGCAGAGGAAGAGAUCUUGCGCGAUGCGAGGCGGAAGCGAGAUGUCAAGAAAUUGUGCGAAAAGUAUUCAUCCGAUUCCUACACAGGGUACUCUCUCGAGCGACUCAAGUCCCUCCGAGAGCUGGACAUCAGCGGCUGCAACAAGAUCACUGACGUCAGCCUCACCUACGCCUUCUACUUCAAAGAACUGGCGCAUCUGAAUAUGAGUAUGUGUCAACAAGUCACUCACAAAGGUAUUGAACAUCUAGUCAAAAACUGCCCUAGUAUUGAAUAUUUCAACUUGGUUGAUUGUUACAACUUGAAAGAUGAAGCCAUCAAAGUGAUUGUAAAAGGUCUGAAAAGAUUGAAGAACCUAAAUUUAAGGGGCUGCAACCAACUAACCAACAAGACGAUAGAUGCAGUGCGGGACAACUGUAAGAAGCUCAAAUUCUUAGACGUGCAGGGUUGUCGCGCUAUUUCUGCGGAGACGGCGUGCACUAUCGGCAACAUUCCGACUCUCCACACAGUGCUGGUCUCCAAGCCCACUAACUACAUGACCGAGGACGGGCUCAAGGACCGGGCGCCAGCUCCCACCUUCCUGCCAGCCCUCAUGAGGAAGCUACUCUCGAGGCGAUCCCCGUGAGCGAAUUGAAUAAUCAGACCUUGACGAACUCGCAUUCACCUAUCUGACAAGGCAAGCAGGAAAUGGGCAGUUAGGUCGAUUGUAAGGACCUACCUACUGUGGACUGUGUUAAAAUGUAACAUUUUCUAAAAGUACUAAUACUAAAAGGUAUGUUAUGCCCACGGGUAAUUAUUGGUGAUUAACUAAUAUGUUUUUUUGUCACAAAGAAAUAUUUUAUGUACAGUAUUGGACUAUGAAUAUUAAAUUAGAACUGUUGGUCGGUAGUCAGGACCAUUUAAAUUACAUAAGUACUCUAAUAAAUGUUGUGGUAGGUCCAACAAACGUUAGAGCUCACAACCUUUUAGGAUUUAGGUAGAUACUAAAGAGAAAUAACACUUUAUUUGAGUACAAAAUGUAAAUAAUCAAUUAAGCCUGUACAAAUUGUAAAUGUUUAAUAUAUUUUCGUGUCACCUGGGGCUCGAAAUUUUAAUCACUUUAAAUGUGCAAUAUUUUUUCUUUACAAUACUGUAUAAUAAAAUCUAUGGUUUAAAAUAUUUUAUGUUAUGACUCUUUAAUUCUGUAGUGGACCUGUGAUAAUUUAUAUUUUAAGUAAUUAUGGUACAGUUAAUUUACAAUUAAAGUAAACUACACAGUUCGUACAUACAUUUGGUGUUUUUUGUAUAAAUUGGGUCGACUGUACUAUACAAUAUUAUAAUUAAUGUUACUAAACCCUCAUUGUAUUAAAUUUUAAUAAAUGAUUGUUGCAUCUAUCACACUUGUGUAUAUUUAUAGAACCUAGGAAAGGAAAGAUAUAAUUAAAAUCAAUGAUACAUCUCAACCAUUUAAUUACACUGAAAUUAAAAAUAACUUACAACGAAAUAUAUUUAUAUCUUUAACACAAACUUUGUUACUAUACUUUGUUCUAUGUUAAUUGAAUAUUUUGAUGAUAUAGUACAAUGGACAUAAUAAUAGUAAUUCAAAAUUUAAAAAUAUAAUCUUGUUUCACAAUAUAAAUACUAAUAACAAUACAUAUUCCAAUGAAUUGGAGAGCUAUAAACAUUAAGUAAAUAUAAAAUUUGCACUGGAGAGUAGGCUUUGCGUUCACACCUCCAAGCUAUUGUACCAGCCAAAUCGAUUUUACAAUGCUAUACAGGGUGGAAUAAGUUGGGGUGAUCUAACCGAAAGAAAUUAAAUGUACCCGCAAUACCAUAAAUU